UUUCAGGGCCUCGCACGCGUAUCAAGGUGCUCCUCCGUUCGCUCGGGUGGUGCGUAGUAAAAUGGCCGUCCGACUCGACCUGAAUGAGUGACGUUUCUCGCAAGGUGUUUCCGUACACGAUACGCGCCGCGCAGUGUUUCCAUGAAUAUUCGUGCGCGUGAACGCGCACGGCUGUCGCAGCGUGUAACGUGUCCGUCCGCAUCCUCGUUCGCGCGCCUAAAUUUCGCGGCCGAUCACGCGGCCAAAGACGAAGCGCCUCUUUCCACGGCCUCCACGGCGGCUUUCGUCUCGCCGCAAACGCAUUUAGAGGGGCAAUAUUUUCGGAAGAUGGAUACUCGAUGCAAAGCAUAGGUGUGCUUCCAAGACACUUUGCAUUACGCUAGAUUAAUCUUCGCAUUUUAUCGUGAGUUAAUCUUCGUGUUUUCGAGCGAGACAAAUUCGAAGAGAUUAAUGUUACGAUGCGAGAAAACGGCAGGAGCUAGAAAUUUCGCGUUCCAUUCCGGUUUCAACGGAAUUCUAUUUUAUUCAACGCUCUGUUUUUGGCGCGAGGCGCGAGUUGAUAGAGCCAGCCUACUGUGUGGCAGCUGCCAUGCCAACGUACCACAAUGCGGGUGGUGGAUACCCGAAUGUGUCAGCGCCAGCGCGACAAGCGAAGCUCGACGGCAAUCAAAAUCAUCACACUAUCCCUUCAAACGUAACGUCCCAUCCCCUCAUACAAAACAGCACUCAGCAGCAGCAACAGCAGCACAGCGUUCCUUCAAACCUGUCUACAGGUAACAUUCCGUCCCAUCCAGUAUCGCCGACGAUGACCACGCAUUCGAGCGUCACCACCCCGAACAUCACGACGCACAUGAACGUCGCGUCCUCGCCGGUGAUUCUCACCUCCAACGCCAUCAAUCCGGGCGCCAACACCACCGCGUUGCCAGUUAAUCCGCGGCACGAGGUGAAGCUGAACGCGAUGCCAUGGUUCCACGGAAAGAUAUCUAGAGAAACGGCAGAAAGAUUGUUGCGACCGCGAGAGGACGGUUUGUUCCUAGUUCGCGAGUCAACGAAUUUCCCCGGAGACUACACGCUCUGCGUAUGCUACCAAGGACGCGUACAGCAUUAUAGGGUGAAAUAUAAAAACAAUCAACUGACGAUCGAUGAUGAAGAAUUUUUCGAGAAUCUGGCGCUUUUGGUGGAGCAUUAUGAGCAGGAUGCGGACGGUUUGUGCACGCAGCUAACGAAAUCCCUUCCGAAACAGGGCAAGCAAGAUUUUUGCGUGGAUCCAAAGGCGUUCGUAGAGGCCGGCUGGGUGAUUCAGACGCACGAGUUAGAAUUAAGAGAGUGCAUCGGGAAGGGAGAGUUUGGUGAUGUGCUGUUAGGCGUUUAUCGAGGAGAAAGAGUCGCGGUGAAAAUGUUAAAGGAUAACAGCGAGGCGGCGCAGAGGUUUCUGGCCGAGGCGAGUUUAAUGACCUCUUUGAUACAUGACAAUCUGGUUAAAUUACUCGGUCUCGUUUUUAAUAAUCAACACAUGUACCUGGUUACGGAAUAUAUGAGCAAAGGAUCCCUAGUGGAUUAUUUACGUUCGAGAGGAAGAUUACACGUUUCCAAAAAGGAUCAAAUUAACUUUGCGUACGAUACGUGUGCUGGUAUGGCGUACCUGGAAUCCAGACACGUUGUUCAUCGGGACUUGGCGGCGAGAAAUGUUCUUGUAGCAGAGGACAACUCCGCCAAAGUAUCCGAUUUCGGGCUGGCACGGGACGAAAACUUUUCCCUCGACGGUGGAAAGCUGCCAAUCAAAUGGACUGCACCAGAGGCUUUAAAACAGAACAAGUUUUCAAAUAAGUCUGAUAUGUGGAGUUUUGGAAUUCUUCUCUGGGAAAUUUAUUCCUUCGGUCGUGUGCCCUAUCCGCGAAUUCCAUUAGCUGAUGUUGUAAAAUGUGUAGAAAAAGGAUAUAAGAUGGAACCGCCAGAUGGAUGUCCUGCGGAAGUUUAUGAUAUUAUGAGACAGGCAUGGGAUUUACAGCCCGAAAAGAGACCGAGUUUUCACGAUAUAAAAGUAACACUCGGCCAAUUAAGAGCUGAGUAUACCAAAGGCGUGAAUUAAAAAAAACUUAAUACAUUAAAAAAAAACUUUAAUGAACUUAGCGAGAAUUGAGAAAAAUGUGGACUGGUGCGUCUGGGUAAUUUUUCGUUUGGAGCGAAAAAAUAGUGAUUCUGAAUAUUUUUAUUAGAAAGAAAAGAAAGAGACAGGACCUCGAUUGUACAUUGUAUACAAAAAAUAGUAUUCGCUUUGCUUAUAUUUAUUGUUACUUUAGUUUUUGAAAUGUGUGGGGAGAGUUUUAAUUUUUAUAUAGUAAUAUUUUGCACAAGCAUUACCUAUGGUCAAUCGUGCCUUUGUCCAAGUUGACGUUCGCAACCAAGAAAUUCAACUUGCACAUAUAGCCGAAUAUAAGAAAUUCAGAUAUAUUCGGACUAAAAGCAACAAAUUUAAAAAUGCGCAAUUGCCUACUUAACUUUCAAUACGUCACGUUUUUUUAAGUUUAUUAUGGCGAUGAUAAAAAUGACUAUUAUAACUCGUGACUAUCAUGGUUUUUUUUUUUAAAGUAAAACAAGUUUUUUUUACAUUAUAGCACAUGUAAUGUAUAUGUAUAAUGUAUUAAAUUUAGAUUCAUUAUAACAUUACGCUCUGUAUUCGUAAUCGCAUCCAUUUAAUUUAGAUCAUUGGUUAUUAUCUUGUUCUUUGUUAAAAUUGUGUAAAAAAUUUUUUAUUUACAAUUUGUAUUAUUAUAAAUGUAAAAGAUAUGUUUCAGCAAUUAUACAUUGCAAGUACUUGUUUAGUUAUUUAAGUUCUUUAUCAAAGAUUUGUCGUAGGAAGUAUUAAUUUUUAACUAAAUUAUAUGACACUUUAUUUUAUAAUACACCGUUACUUCAACUAUAUGUAAUGGUGUAAAUAUUUCUCUCUGUAAAUAUUUUUGUAUAUAAUUACUCAUCAAAAAAUAACAUUUAAAAAACAAUUGAUAUUGAGAUUGAGAGAUAUAACGAAAAAUGUUUAUAUUUUUUUUUCUUUUUUUUUUUAGAUUUAAGACUAACAUGUAUUACGAACGAAUGUCCAUAUGCAAUUGUUGCACCACGCCAAAAAGUAAUUAUCACUCGUUUAUAUUAAUUUUUUAAUUAUUAUUGAGGAAAAAUUUUAUAUGUAUAUCAAGUAGGAUAUAUUAUUUGUAUUAGCAUUUUGUAAUCUAUUUCUCUUUCAUGCACACAUAUGUACACACACAUUUUUCAUAAAAGAGUCUGCCAACAAUAAUAACGGACUAAUUUUCGUGAAUGUUUGACGGCCGUAUCUCGUUAAAUAGUAGCUGUACGAGCUACAGAGAAGAUCAAAUAUUUAUUCUUUAAAAUAUCACGCGCGAGUAAUAAGAGGUCUCUGUAAAAUUGUAGAUAUUAAAUUCUUGUACAUGCCACAUAAUUAAAAAAAUUAAUUUUUUCAUUAAUUAUAUAUAAAUAUCAAGAUAUUUAAUAUAUAUGUAUAUGCAACAGUCGUAAAAUACUGUGUAUCAAAUUGAUACUGUAUUACGCGAUAAUGUGUUAAACUUUGAAAAGUGACGAUGGAGGUGUCGCUCAGUUCCUUUUAAAACGAAAUCUUUCAUACUAAAAGCAGAGAUUGUGACUGAUUAAAUACUUCACAAUAAUAAGUUCGAUCUUUCUUCCACAAGUGUCUCUUCAGUCUGCAGUUAAAUGUAGUUCUAUAAAAGAUUUAGAUCAUAUUUAUCUUAAGCAUAUGGUCCGUUUGUAACUUUGAUAUUACAGUAUGUACUUGAGGAGUACAUGUAUUAAUAAUGUGUAUUAAUAUGGCUCUAACUGGCUAAUACUUUGAAUUGCUUUUUCAUUGCGAUAUUUUUAUGUAUUUACAAUUUGCGCGAACACAUUAACUCUUCCACACACAAAUAUUGAAUUUCACAUUGCGUAAAAUUUUUAUCUCCAUUUUGUCUUCAACAUUUCGACCCAUGGUGAAGCAUCUUGUUAUUCAUUGACGAAUAUUAUACAUAGAUAGAGCAGUAUAUCAUGUGACGUUGUUACUUGUGUAUUUUGAUAUAUGAACACGGGAUUCCGUUGUUUCGACAUUAGUUUUCUUAUGACUACCAAUGUGCGUUAAAUCCGUUUAUUUUCUACUGGUAAUCGCUCGACUUUAGAAUGUAAGAGAUCUAAUAUAUAUUAAACAAAAUAAAUUAGAGAUCGAAAAAUCACAAAGAAAUUAAAAAACUGUGCUUGAUAUGCAUAUGUUCAUGUUGUAAUGAUUACAUGUCGGUUCGAUGCGAGUGUAUACGUGGAAUAUGUGGCGAAUACUUUUUUUCCACGAAUACUCUUCCAUUUUUUUUGUAGAAUCCGAACUAAGCAUGAUUCUGGGAAAGCGCAUUGAAAAAUUUAUCGUCAUACACUGUUACUACGCCACAAUUCUAAAGAUUCUCAUUAGACGCUAUAGCGACGAGAAUAGAUCACUGACGAAAGAAUAAAAGUUAUUAAUAAAAGAACAAAGUUAUACACUAUA